UCCAUCACGCGGGCAGAUGCAGCAUGGAGGCCUGACGCUUGCCCUUCAAACUAUGGUUGCACAAAAACAUUCAUUUCAGUUGAACAUACACUCACACGAGAAACAUUUGAUGGUAAACACUGACGGGCGAGCAAUGAAACACACGCGUUUCUUUGUGGAAGACAUUCUCAGACCUGACUUCGGAACGGGUAACUCCCACCCGGUAUCUCCAGAAGGUCAUCAGGAUGGGUCCCCUUCAUCCUCACCUGAUCACCCACGUAGCCAGGGGUCCGAGCCGCACCCUCAGGACGUGGGGGAAGGGAAGGUGAACCUAUGGCCUGCAUGGGUAUACUGUACCCGGUACUCCGACAGACCGUCCGCAGGUCCCCGUAUUCGCAAAAUGAGGAAGAGAGAGAAGAGCACUGAGGAGAAGAGGCCCCGGACAGCGUUCACAACAGAGCAACUGGACAGACUCCGUGAUGAGUUCAACGAGACCCACUACCUCUCGGAAGAUCGACGCCGCGUUCUGGCAAAACAACUCAGCCUUAACGAAACACAGAUCAAGAUAUGGUUCCAGAAUAAAAGGGCGAAGUUAAAAAAGUCCUCCGCCUCUGUGAAACCUCUUGCUAAUAAACUGAUGGCUGAAGGGUUAUACAACCACUCAACAUUCAAACCUGACGGAAGUUGACGUCAUGCAAAUCAGUGAUCCCAAAGACAUGCGCAUUUGACAUUGCUGCGUUCCACUUGUGCGCAAAAAGAUACAGGCUUGAAGUGCGUGAAGAUUAUUGAUCUAUUGGUGCAUGAUGCAAACACUACCGUUAUUCACGAUAUGCCUUUAUGUAUAUAUAGCUAUUUCAGUACUCAUUGAAUGAUUUACCAGUAAGCAUGGGAACAAUCGAUCUUCAGUUUUGACGCCUGUGUCGGGACACCGGGUGUUUAACCAGCUUGAACAGUCACAGAUUGCAUCUAUGUGUUGACGCCCUAGUCCUCAGAUUAAAGUGGUAUAACACCGAGGAUAUUGUACAUAGUAUACAGCACAGGUGUAACGUUGGUAUUGGUACUGUCAAGUUCUUCAUGCUUAACAAGGCAAAUAUGUAAAUUCUCGUUUAUUUGUGCGAAUAAGGCUUUGUUAAAGAGGACGAAGUAAUUGCGCACUUGAAAUAUCAAAUUAAACAAUUUCUAAUAUA